AUGGCUCUCAAAUUGAUAGGAACCCCAAAAUCUUCAUGUACCUUGAAAGUCCUCCUCACCCUGGCGGAGAAAGGCAUCUCCGACUACCGAUUUAUCGACAUUGACCUGAUGAAAGGAGAACAAAAGCUACCGGGUUACCUCGCUAAACAACCAUUUGGCGUCGUGCCAAUCCUCGAAGACGGCGAUAUUUCCUUAUACGAAUCUCGUGCUAUAUGCCGCUAUCUGGCCAAAAAAUACGAGAACCUCGGUACUGCUUUAAUUCCCGACCUGUCCGAUCUCAAGACGAUGGGUCAUUUUGAGCAAUGGGCGAGCGUAGAAAUGGCGAAUUUUGAUGCUCUGGCUCGUCCACUACAGUGGGAAGUGAUUUUCAAACCUCUCGCGGGAGAACCGAAGAAUGAGCAGCUAAUCCACAGCCUCGUGGAUACGCUUGCCCAGAAGCUGGAUGUUUAUGAUAAAGCGAUUCUUGCUGAACAAAAGUACAUGGCAGGCAACACGUUCUCCAUAGUAGACAUCUUUUAUAUGCCUCUGAUGUCGUACUUGUUCCGUAUGGGUUUUGGAGAUAUGAUUACGGAUCGUCCAAAUGUAAAGGCGUGGUGGGAGAGUGAAAAGCCAACUGCGCCACCCCAACAGCAGUCCACGUCGGCUUGA